AUGUACACUAAUACAGUCGAAGAAAUGGAGGUCUUGAAGAUUCUCUUUGUUGAAAGUUACUCGCUGCACUGUAAAGAGACGAAUUGUAUAGUCCGAUUAACUUCACAAGUAUCCCAGUUCUCGACUUUGAGUGUCCAAAAGUUCAUCAUGUUACUCAAAGAGUUCGAAGGGGUACAAGACACCUUUGUUCAGCACAAAGCAGAGUCCAAGAACUUCGGGCGGAUCUCUGAAACACACAUUUUGCACACAAAGUACUUGUCCGAGCUUUUGAAUGAGAAGAUUGUACGAAAGCAAGAAGAGGUGGGGUGCAGAGAAGUUGAUCAGAAAGUCGUUGAGUUCGGGGUGGAGACGCAGAAGACCUUUAUUACUAAUGUCCUCAAAACACUCGAAAUCAUAUCAAAGCAAUUAUUACUAAUGUCCUCAAAACACUCGAAAUCAUAUCAAAGCAAUUCUUCCCCGUUUACUCAGAAGUCGAUAUUAAAUAUGACACACAGUCGCCGGGGAACACUGUGA